GUUCCGUACGUCAUGUUAUUGUCAGCUGUCAAUUCGUUGUGUACAGUCAGCCAAACACUACAGCACUGUUGAACAGGCAUUUACAAAUUACAAUAAUUUUCAGUUGUAAUACGGAAAUGUAAUAUUUAUUUGGAUUCGAAUAUAUAUGAAGCCGUUAAAUAGUUAUACGUAAUUUGAAACUGUUGGCGUAACACAAUGUUCAUUCUUUUCGAACAACGAUACAUUUAAAUAAUAAUCGCCUCCGUUGAAAUUGUAGGUGUAUACAAUUAACAAUACAUUGUGAUGUUUGUGAAAAAUCUAAAUAAAAUUAGUGUUUAAGUGUGGUGCAGUAGUUUAUUCCUUAUGAAAUAGAUAUUUCGUGAUAUUAGUGAUAAUGAAUACGCGAGUGUUGUCCGUGUUGAUGUGGAAACAUGCGAUGGUUAGGAAACGAAGGUUUAUCCAGACAGCUGUGGAAUUUGCGUCACCUCUCAUGUUUUUCUUAUUAUUAUUUGCUUUCAAAAAUCAACUAAUACGAAAGCCUUCUGCAGAACAAAGAGACCCAGUGGCCAACACGGAAGUAGUGCCUAUGACAGAUUUCCCGGCUCCCCGUUGGAUCUUGUUCUACCCUGACACACCGCUCACCGAGACACUAAUGGAUGAAGUGGGCCUCAAACUUAAAAUGAAAAAGCUUAACAAGUUUCCUGAUUACACCGUAAGAGGGUACUUUCCUGCUACAAAUAAAAGUCUCAUCAAUGAAUUCGCGUCUAAAAUGAGGUUUAAAGAAGCUAUCGUUAUUUUUCAAAAAAUGUCCGGUGAGACAUGGCCGGACAGACUGAACUACACGAUACGAAUAAAGGACGACUUCGGGAUCAACUCGUACGAGAGCCUCGAUGUUAAUCCUGGACCGCAUAGAAUGUUUGGUAUAAAAUACGAGACGUUCAUGCGUAUCCAGUGGGCGAUCGACACGAGCUACCUUAAACUGCUGACCAGCACUGAAGUUACUCAGGAACUUACGACACAAGAGUUCCCGUACUAUCAGUCUCAAAACAAUGAGAGUAUAGGUAUCGUCUGCUUGCUUAUGAAGACGGUCUGCUGGAUAUCCAUGAUGCUGCCCUUCAUAUUCCUCAUGGGCCGGCUCCUACAAGAACGUGCGACCGGCAUACAGGAACUGAUAAAAAUGGUGGGAGUUUCUCAAAACAUACUAGGAUUGUCACACUUCCUGAACGUGUUGCUGAGCGGGCUGGUGUUCUCUAUCGGAGGUGCCAUACUGCUGAAGACGACCUCCAACCCUCUCAUCAACAACUCCAACGGAUUCCUCAUAUUCCUGAUGCUGCUUCUCUACUUCAACACUAUCAUGGCAAUGGCUUUUGUCUGCAGCUACGUUUCGAAAGGAACGCAGUACGUGGCGACGCUGUCAGUGCUAGCUUACAUCGUGCUAUGGAUCCCGGCGCGGGUGCAGCUCGAGUACGACCUGCCGUACAUAGUCACACUAGCCACUGGGCUCCUGCCACACGUGCCCAUGCACUGGUUCUGGGCGGAAGUCUCUGUGCUCGAGAUGUAUGGUAGUGGAGUAUACUUCAGCAACAUGCUGACAGCAAAAUCAAACUCCAACGUCUCAGUAUUCCUGUGCUUCGUGUUCAUGUUGCUGCAGGCCGGGCUGAUGUACGGCCUGACCUGGUACCUGUCUUUAGUAGCCCCAGGCCAGUACGGACAGGCUCUACCCUGGAACUUCCUCUUUAAGACUCAAUACUGGAGUAAGAAUGAGGUGAUCCCGGAUGUGGAGUCUGAAGAGGAGGAUCCGAUGGCUCAGGACCCGCGGUACUUCGAGUCUCCGCCUGCAAACACUGAGAUCGGAAUCAAAAUUGUCAACGUCUCUAAGGUGUACCCGAAGCAGCGAGUGUUACGUAAUGUGUCGCUGGAGGUGUACAAGGGAGAGAUCACGGUGCUGCUGGGACAUAAUGGCGCCGGAAAGACCACGCUCAUGUCUAUCAUCACUGGUAUGACGAGUGCUACGGAGGGCAACGUGUACGUGAACGGCAAGGACACGCUGCGACAACGUCACGAGGUCCGGCAGAACCUCGGGCUCUGUCCGCAACACAACCUCUUCUUCCCCGACCUCAGUCUGCGGGAGCAUAUCAUGUUCUUUACUAUGUUGAAGCGCGGUACGUACUCGGAGGCGCGGGAGUCGUCCCGUGCGCUGGCGACGCAGCUGGGCCUGCAGGCCAAGCUGGGCGCCAUGUGCCAGCACCUGUCGGGCGGCAUGCAGCGCCGCGCCCAGCUGGCCUGCGCGCUGGCCGGCGGCGCCGACGUGCUCAUACUGGACGAGCCCACCUCCGGCCUCGACGUCGAGACCCGCCGGGAGCUGUGGGACCUGCUACUGUCCCUGCGCGGCUCGCGCACGGUGCUGCUGACGACGCACUUCAUGGAGGAGGCGGACGCGCUGGGCGACCGCGUGGCGGCGCUGCACGCCGGGGCCCUGCGCUGCCACGCCACCACCAUGCAUCUCAAGCGGGCCGUCGGUACCGGCUACCGGUUAUCCUUCACGACGAUUGGUUCGCCUAAAGAGCAAGCGAUCACGAAAGUAGUGACGUCACAAGUGGCGGACUCUACUCUUAAGGAGAUGACCAUAAACUCACUCUCUUACAACCUGCCGGCUGCUAACGUGAAGAAGUUCCCUCAGCUGUUCUCAGCGUUAGAAGAGAAGCGAUCAGAACUGGGCAUCGAUUCCAUCGGUGUUGGCGUCUCUACUCUUGAAGAAGUGUUUCUGAAGUUGUGCAGCGAUGUGGACAAUACGAUGUCUGAAGAUGAAGUGGAUGGCCACGGUGGUCCAGAUAUGUCCGAGGAGCGUCUGACAGGCGUGCUCCUGUACAUGCGACAACUGAAGGUUUUGUUGAUACGACAAGUCAAGUAUGCCAUACACAAGAAGUGGUCAUUUUUAUCACUGCAACUGAUAUUUCCUGUCCUAACGAUUGUCGCGAUGACGCAUUUUACGAACAACUCGGAGUUACAAGAAAAUUCGGAGGGAUUACUCCGUCUGAACCUGGACCUGUACAGUGACCGGCCCGGCCACCGCGUGCUACUGAACCUGCGGGGUGCCGGCGUCGACACCAAGUCCUUCACUAAACACUUCCCACAACUCCAGUUUGAAGAAACCACUGACGUAGCUGAUGCGGUGCUUAAGACUGGGGAGAGAGACAUCUUGGAGUACAACAAGUACAUGGUCGGAAUCGAACUGAAUGACACGAAUGCCAAGACAAGACCAUACAAAGUGUUACCCCCACUGUCCCUGGCGCGCCAGAUCCUGUACACGACGACAGUCCGUCACGCGGCGCCGGUGGCGCUGAACGUGCUCAGCAACGUGCUGGCGGCGCGCCUGCUGCCGUGGGCCGACGGACGGACCAUCUGCACCGUCAACCAGCCCGUGCCCAGCGACCUCAACCUCGACGACGACGUCGGCAUGCCCAAGAACAUGGUCACUCUCAUCACGUGGGGCAUGUGUAUCACAUUCAUAAUCCUAGCGACGAACAUCAACAGUAUCUCCCUGCCGUGCAAGGAGCGGUCGUCGGGCGCGCGCCACAUCCACGUGAUGUGUGGCUGCCCCGCCGAGCUGCACUGGGGCGCCACGCUGGCCGCGCACUGCGCCACCGCGCUGGCCACGCUGGUGCUGCCCGCCUGCCUCGCCGCGCUCCUGCUCGACCAGGACCAGACCAUCAACCAGCAUGACUUCCUAGCGACUCUGGCGUUCAUCCUGAUGCUGUGCAGCAUGGCGUUCUUCGCGUUCAUGUACAUCGUCAGCUUCAACUUCGGGGAGCGGUCCAGCAGUCUCAUACUCGUCAUCUGCAUAAUUUUGUUCGGUUUACUGACACCCUUCAUGGAGGCGGCACAAAAACUCUUCUUAAACUCCCCUCGCGGACUGAUACACAUGGCCCUGGCUACGUGUGGGUAUGUGAUGCCCCCCCACACCGGUGUGACGGCAGUGCUGCAGGCGCUCAAUGUCGGACACCUCAACGCCAUGUGUCAUUAUAUACGCGCCAAGAAAUUCUGCCCAGGAGCAUACGCCAACGAAAACGGAUUCGAUGUAGAAAAGUGCUGCGCCGGCGAGAACCCGCGCUGCUAUUUCUGCAUAGACGACUUCUCUCCCGGCUACAACAUGAUCGUACUCUUUCUGCAAUUCACAGUCCUCAUGGCGAUGGUAUUCCUAACGGAGCGCGGUUUCUUCAACGGCUUGGUAAACAAACUGGCCAACCUCCGCUACCGGCCCACUACGGACGCACACGCGGAUGAAAUGGUACGCGCUGAGAAAGCGUACGUCAGUCGAGCCAUCACUCUACCAUCAAAACAGAUCCCGGACGCGAUGUUAGUAAAUGACAUCCACAAGAACUACGUGUCGAUACUGAAGAAGAGUGUCAACGCUGUCAAGGGAGUCAGUUUCAGCGUCAAAAAAGGUGAAUGCUUCGGUCUGCUGGGUGUGAAUGGAGCGGGCAAGUCCAGUACAUUCAAGAUGCUCACUGCGGAGGAGAGUGCCACCAGGGGCGAUAUCUUCGGGAACGGGUACAGACUCACGCGGGGGAACCCACAGUACCUACAAACGCUGGGCUACUGCCCCCAGUUCUUCGGGCUGGACAUGUUCCAGACAGGUCGCGACAACUUGAGGCUCGUGCUCACACUGCGCGGGUACGACCAGAAACAUGUCCACCAGGAAGUUGAGAAUUGGAUACAUAUUGUUGGGUUGGAGAAGUACGGGCACCGCACGGUGGAGCAGUACAGCGGCGGCUGCGUGCGGCGCCUGGGCGCGGCCGCGGCGCUCUGCGGCGGCGCACAGCUGUGUCUGCUCGACGAGCCCAGCGCCGGCGUCGACGUCGCCGCGCGCCGCAGGCUGUGGCGGGCGCUGCGCCGCGGCCUGCGCCACCAGCGCGCCGUCAUCAUCACCUCGCACAGUAUGGACGAGAUGGAGGCGCUGUGCUCCCGCAUCGCGAUCCUGUCGGGCGGGCGCGUGCGCGCGCUGGGCACGGCGGCCGGCCUGCGGGCCGCGCACGCGCACGGACACGCCGUCGUCUUCAAAGUCACCAACGCACUCUCUACUGACGAAGUGGACGGCGCUAAGCAACAGUUGGAUCGACUGAAGGGGAAGCUACAGGAGACCUUCAACUGUUCACUCAAAGACGAACAUAAGACCAUGUUACACUACCAUAUAAACGACACGAUGCGGUACAGCGAACUGUUCGCGGAGCUAGAAUCUCUAAGGACAGAGUUCCCAACCCUGAUCGAGGACUACUCCGUCACGGAGACAACCCUGGAGGAGGUGUUCCUCUCAUUCGCGAAGGAACAACAGGCAAUCAACCAGACUGUCUAA